CAUUAUCUAAAGUUAUUUAUCAAUGAUAUUGCCAUCUAUUACAUUUCCUUCUAAGUAAUCUACCAUAUGACAAUAUUGAGGUUACACACAAUUUGAACGACGUGCAAACAAAACAAGCUUUUUUAUUAAGUAAAACGUGAAAAUGUCUUUAACCUGCCGAGGAAUAUCAAUUCUAGGAAGACAUUUAAAGUAUCUACCAAAAACAACGCAAGUUUGCGGGUACAAAAGAUGGGUUUCUCCAACAUUGAAAGCCUUACAAAACAGAAAAAAGAAAAUGCCUGAACAAAAACCCACACCGAGAUCCUCAUUUCUUGAGUGGAAUUAUGAUGCAGAGAUCUAUGCAUUCUGCAAGAGGUUAAAUGAAGAUUUUGAUACAAAACUGCUCAAACAAGCUCUGACACAUAAAUCAUAUGUCUUUAAAAUGCAACAACAGACACCUCAAGACAAUCAGAACCCUGAUGCUCUUCCUCCACCUACAUUAUUAGACAACAAUGUGAUGAUAGAAGCAGGGGACAAGCUUCUGCAGAAGUACAUCCAGAGUAAAUUUAACUAUCCAAAGAUGAUUGUUCAAUCCAUAGAAGAAUACCUUCUCAAUGAUGAAAAAUUAGCUUAUGUAGCCAAGCACAUUGGUCUUACAGACUUGGUAUUAUCAGAAGAAUACCCAGUUGAAGCCACAACAUUAUCCAAUACACUUAAAGCAGUAGUCUCUGCUUUAGAGCAAUCAUCAGGUCUCCCAAAAACACACAAAUUCAUUGAUGAUUUCAUCAUUACCCAACUGAAUGACUUGGAUGUGUUUGAUGUGUGGGAACCAAGUGAUCCCUAUAAAUAUCUUACAGAGUCUGUCUUGCAGGGCAAAACUGUUGAGCCAAGAUUAUGUAAUCAAUCAGCAGCCAACACGAUCUUAGCCAACUAUCAAGUAGGUUUGUAUUCGGAAGAUAAAAAAUUACUAGGUAUUGGUUGGGGUGAGAGUGUGGACAUUGCAAAGAACACAGCUGCAAUGGACGCGAUUCGAAAAAUAUAUCAAAUAUAAUUUGUGCUCUGUCGUAUUCUAUAGAAUUGCAUUAAAUUACUUAUGUUAA